AUGGAACAUUAUGAAAGUUGUUCUAUAGAAACUAUUAAGAAUGCUAUAAACACUUAUUUAACUAUGAGAUGUAUUAAUAUUAGUAAAAAGGAUGAUUCUGAUUAAGUAAGUAUAGUAUUUACUGAUCAAGAGGUAAUUUAAUUACUAUAAAUUAGUUAUUGGAAGUUGAAGCUUAAGUUAAAAAAUAUUUAAAGAAUAAUUAUUCUAAAUCAAUAUCAAACCCUAUAGAUAUUGCUAGAUCUUUAUUAGAUUAUACCAUUAUACCCAAAUUAUGA